AUGGAUGAACUUGAAAUGUUCAUCGAUGACUCAGUUCUUGCCGCUGAUGUCACGAUUCAACCUUUCGUCGAGCGCGAAGCCGUCGAUGCGGCGGAUACCGCCGCUGUGGAGGUAGGCGCGAGCUUUCUCGCCGUCAAAUGGCCGACGGCGGAGAACGAUUUCGCGUCGAUGUCUUUCGUGUUAUACGUCCCGAACGGCGAGCAGGGCACGAUGCACACGAUGCACAUUUGCGGUUUCAUGUUUCCUGAUGAAUGCUCGAACGAGAUUCCGUUUCCAGGGAAAGAAUUCGGAAGGUGUGGUGCGUCCGACGUCGAUCGAGAUCGCACCGGAUACUUUUGCGACUUCGUCGCGUUGCACGAAACGGUGGAAGACAACGGUGGCGUGCUCAUGUCGGGGACGGAAUCACUCGAACGCUACGAGGAACAUGCGGAAAGCGUCGGCGAUGCGCGCGCAGGAGACGUGGAAAUCCAUUUCGAACUGAUCCGUCUCGACGACGAGGGACUCGACGAAGACCUUUCCCCGGCGCCCGCGCCUUCUCCCGCUCCCGCGCGCGAACCGAAAUCGAGCCGACGCAUGCUGCCAGUUCGCGGCCCAGCAUUUGCGGGACUUCAGAUGACUACACGAGCGGGACCGGGUCGACGCAGCUUCGUCACGCUUCCAGGCUCGCUAAGCGGUCGUCGGUGA